AUGGCGGACCGGGCGAAGGUGCUGGGCUUGUACAAGCGCAUCCUGACGCUGCACCGGCAGAAGCUGGAGCCGCACAUGCGCGUGCUAGGGGACCAGUACGUGCGCGACGAGUUCAAGCGCCACAAGAACGCGGCGCCCAAGUUCGUGCCGCUCUUCCUGCGCGAGUGGGAGGCGUACGAGGCGCUCAUGCGACAGAAGAAGGACCGCUUCGGCCAGGAGCUCUCGGCCGAGGACAAGCAGCUGCUGGACGUGGGGCAGAAGGAGAAGCUCCAGUCGCUGCAGGACGCCGCCAAGAAAGUGGGCGAGACCAUCGCAUAG